AUGCGGGUGGCCACCAGCUCUCGGGGCGGCGGAGGUUCCCAGCGUGGUGCUGGAAUGGCACCAAGGCGCGCGGCGACACGUUCAGCGACCAGAGCUCUGGCGACAGCGCUGUUGGAAGACGACCCGUACGAACUGGCCGAGAGACGCCAAUCCAAUCGGCGUACCAAUCUCUACGACUCGGACAGCGAUCGGAGCGACAAAAGUCAGCUGAGCUACUCCGACUCGCCUGUGGACUCAUACGACGAUUACAUCGGCACUGGGCUCACAAGCGACCACGUCCUCGAGGAUACGAUCGGCGCGACCAAGCUGGGCGACGCAGUGACUCCCGUGAACGCCUGUCGUACGGACCUUGUGCCGCCUGCGGCGGAGCGAACCACCCCAUUCACUACUGCCGCCGUCGCUUGCGAACUGUUCCAGCGCUGUGAGAAGCUCGCUGCGUUUGUCAAGUCUAACGUUGACAAGACCAAGUUAUCUGACGACCUUCAGGGGCUCUACACGCCGAUCACGUAUGAAUUUGAAGAAUGGAUCCUCGAUCACCAUGCGGGUGUCGAGUUGAUUCUCGGCACGGAUCUCAUCAUCCCGCCUGGGAUCCGCCUGGAUCUUUACGACUCGGUCAUGGCCUACGAAGGGGCGAUGGACCAGGAUCGACUGCAACGGGAACAGCAGUCGUACGCCGAGUGGCUGGCUCGACAGCAGUCAGCUGUGGACCGUAGAAACUACCCUGAACCGAGUGACUACGUGGCCGACUAA